AUGAAGGCACAGGGCAAAGCUCGGCAUGCAGAUGAUCUUGGUCAUGAGGCUGAGGAUGAUGCAGAUCGGGAUUGUGACAUGGAGCAGGCAGAUGUGGCUCAUGGGGAUGUGGCUGAGGACUGUGAAGUGGCUGACCAGAGCGAUCAACAGGAGUGUGCAGUGGCUCAGGGGGAUUUGGCUCAGGAGUGUGAAGUGGCUGAGUGCGAUCAGCAGGAGUGUGCAGUGGCUCAGGGGGGCACGGUUCAUGAUCCGGAGCAAUUGCCGGAGCAUGUGAAGGACAUGCUCGUGAGGCAUUAUACAACUCAGAGGCCAGCGAACCCUGAGGAGAUUCAUAGCCAAGUGCUGCUGCGAUCUGCUUCUGAGGUGGAGGCAGUGUAUGUGCGGCCUUUGCACCUGGAUGUGCCUGUGCCAGAUACUCCCCUUAAAACCCCUGACCGAGGGACGGAUGAUGUCUCGACAACCCCCAGCACUGUCAAGGUGUACCGGAACACAUCUUCCUAUAAGGCUGCUGCAUCCCCGGUGCCAUUCAUGCCGGAUGGUCCGAUGACGGAUGUGCUCAUGGAGGGUUUUGGUGAGAAUCCGCCGAUUUCUGAGGUUGCAGCUUCAGGGUCGAAUCAGCAGAUGGUGAUUGCCAGGGAGCUGUUCCCUGACAUGUCUGCUACGCACGAUGAUCCUAUGCCACCUGUGGACACGCAUGAGUCUGAGACCUUGCAUGACAACCCAUAUAGCCGAGAGUGUGCAGUGGUUGCGAAGCGUGGGAAGGAACCCAGUGUUUCCGGAACUCCGCUGAAGCCCGACCUUAAGAAGGCCAAGAUGUUGCGACAUGGGAUGGCCCAGGAUGUGUGGCUUUCUGUUGUCUAUCCGUUGAAAGAUGCUGUCCCUGAUGCCAUGCCCCCGGACUGCAUUUUGGAUGGCAGGCUGAGCUAUGCGAUCGCCCCGCCCGACGACAUGCCGGAGGUCUCGGAAUUAUGGGCGCCCGAGGAGUUGGCCGAGAUGAAGGACAUGCCCGUUCGCAUGUCAAUCACAGUGCUCUUAAAUGCUCGGGCCUUCUAUGUCAACAAAUGCUACUUCCAUGGUGAAUUUGAGAUUGGAGCUUUUUGGACAGCAUGA